UAACAUAUAUAAAAUCAUAUGUAUAAUUAAAGUAAUAUAAUAUUAUUAAUAUAAAUGAUAAAUACAAAUUAUAAUUUAAUUUAAAAUUAAAAGUAAAUAGCAAUCAAUUAUUAUAGUAUAUUUACUUUAAAAAUAUUUGUACUCGUGCAUGAGCACAGGAAAAUCAUCUAGUAUCCUAGAAUUAAAGAAUCCAAUAGUGAUUUUUUUAAAAAAGCCCACUUCCUUAAUCAUUUUUUGUUUGGGUGCCAAGAAGCUCAGUUCUGAUAUGUUGGUAAGAGAAGGGUCGAUACCCUAGGUCAUGCUUCUUCUUUUUCGUUCAUGUCAAUUCAGAUAAAACAAAAAAAAAAAAUUCUUUUCAUAAGGCGGCAUAGGUGUAGCGGGUCACCGGUGUUGUUUGUAGUCUCCAACUUUACGAAUCAGAUUGGUGGGGUCAGAUCUGAGACGUGUAACCCAAGCCUUCUGCAGUGUCUCUUCUGUAGAUCCACGGUGGUUAGGGUUUCUCCGAACUUGUAGCGGGGUGGUGGAGGUUAAUCGGUGAUGAGACGCGACGUAGGUGAUGGGGCCUGCUUCAGAUACGAACCGUCUGGCCUCCCAAUACCUCAACAGCCAAACCUCGACGGUGGUGGUACAAAGGCCGGCUUUCAAUUCAGCGAGGAGAAAAGUGGAGUUACCAUUUCCAUCUCUACAAUUUUUAAAUGGUAAGAAUUAAGAGGAAUACGCCGAUGAAUUUCAACGAAUGAAACUCGUUUAUUUAUAGUUGGAGAUUCACCCUAAAGAAUCAAGGGGGAUGUUAAUGAGGACUGUAAUUACGACGAUUCUACUUUUGUAACGUUCAGUGAUUUCGUUCGUCGGUAAGAAGAAGACUAUUCGAUUAAAGGCUGACACUGGUGCAAAAAAAAUAUUUAUUGAGAUAUCAAGAGUGGGACACGUGUCAGUUUGAGGUUACUCGACUUUUUGACCUGGAUGCUGAGGUGGCGCAGCAGGAAGGAGGCAAACAUUUUAUAUAUAUAUAUAUAUAUAUAUAGAUUUGCGUUUAAAGCCACGUCAUUGCCACAUCAUCUUUAACAAAUUAACGGUCAACUCACAGAGUUAAUGUCAAUGUUAGCCAAUGUAUGAAAAAUCCGUUUUUAAGAGUUGAAGUAUGAAAUUCAAAUAUAUAUUAAGUUGAAGUAUGUUUUAGCACAAGUGAUGAGUGUAUGUUCGGAUCGGGACCGCGAAGCUGUGUUGAUGUAGGAAUUGACCGUUUUCCCAAACUCCGCCUAUUCAUGAAUAACAAAAGCAACUACACUUGUAGUUUCUGAAAAAUAUGGUAUUGCAAACACAAGAAAAGGGUAAGGGAUUAAGUUUUUCCAGUGUUAAGAAUCCUCUCUCUGGCCAAUUCUUCAACACUUCAAGAAUAAUAUCAUACUUAGAAAUGCAAAUAAUUGAAUGGAAACUAUAUUGUAGAACAAAGAUGAAAGUGUUGAUUGUGCAUCACCUUUCGCUCCUAUUAGCCAUAAACUAAUCAGCAUAACCUCAAAACAAAUUAAUAUUCAUUUAUUACAUUUUUUAUAUUUUGUAAUUGACUAACAAACUUUUCCUGGUCAAAGAACUUUCAUUCCUCUUUUCUUUUUUUUUUGUCAACCAUUCCUCAUUUAAUACUCAUUUAGUUUAUAAAGUUUCAUAAUUUUACCAAAAAAGGUUUCAUAAUGUAUAGUAACAUAAUGCCAGUCAAACAUUUAUCCCUAUAUUCUUUAUUUAGAAUACAUAUUACCAAAAACAAACAAAUAAAAAAUAAUUGAAAUUAAUUUGCUAUUCAUUCCUUGACGUCUUAAUAUGUGUAUAUAUAUAUAUAACAGAGCAUUCUCAACACAACAAAAACAAAAAUGUCAAAAGGAAUUAGGAUGGCUCUGGUUAUGAAUCUCUUAUCUAUUUUAUUUUCAGGAGUCGUAGUUCAUUCCGGUCAAAGUACCGUACCUCUCAAAUCCUUCAAGAUAGGUGAAAAUGUAACAUAUGAUUGUAUAGAUAUUUAUAUGCAAUCAGGACUUGAUCAUCCCUUACUCAAAUACCAUACGAUUCAGAUGAAACCAUCAGUUUCAAGGACUGAACUGAAAAGUCAAAUUGGCAUAAACAAAGUACAAAAACAGAAAAUACCAUGUCCAGAUGGAACAAUUCCUGUAUGGAGAAAUACAAAAGAAUUCACCACCAACACUCAGGUUUUGGCCGAGAACCAUGUUCAUUUUCUAUCACCUGAUAGUCCUGGAACACAUCUUGCUGGAGUAAGGUCAUUGAAUGGUCCAUAUCAUGGUGUAGAAGCUUGGUUUAAAAUGUUUGAACUAGACAUCGCAAAAGAUCAAGCCUCAUAUAGUCAAAUAUAUAUAGGCAAUGGAUCGAAUAAUGAGGUCAAUUUUAUUUCAGCGGGUUGGAUGAUAAAUCCAAGCUUUUUUGGUGACGGACGUACUUGGACAUAUGGAUUUUGGAAGGGUAAAGAUGGAAAAGGAUGUUACAACACGGCAUGUUCAGGGUUUGUUCAAGUAUCGCAGACGGUUCCUAUAGUUCAACCCAUUGAUGUUCCGACUGGCCAGUUUCUCUGGCUGCAUUACUCCAUCCAUCAGGACAAAAAUACAGGAAACUGGUGGAUUACAGAACUGGGUGAACCCAACAUCGAUAUUGGAUAUUGGCCAAAAGAGCUAUUUAAUCUUUUAGACAAUGGUGCAAUUAUGGUUGGAGCUGGUGGUGUGGUUCAGGCUUCACGUUCUGGUUCAAGCCCUGAGAUGGGUAAUGGUCAAUUUCCGAAUGUUAAUCACCCUAAUGAUUCAGCAAUUUUCACAAAUAUCGAAGUUUUGGAUUCCAAUUAUGUGCAGCGUAAAAUGAAUUAUUUUCCUACUGAAGUGCUUCUAGAUAGUCCCAAAUGCUAUGGGCUAACAAUUGGUAAGCAAUCUAUAUUCCGAGAUCUACUUGGUUUCUAUUUUAAUUAUGGUGGUCUAGGAGGAAACUCUUGUGGAAUUUGAUAUUUUCAAGUGUAAUUUUGAAAUCUAAUAAAUAUUAAUAAUAUAUUAAGAAAUUGCAAAGAGUUAUAA